AUGGUGCCAAUCAAGGUGCCAAUAAUGAAUGGUCUGAUGGCGGCUGCAAGCCAUGAGGCACCAGCUGUUUUCCAGAACGGGAAGUUGACAACUAGUCAGUCGUGUGGCCCGGGCACACGGUUGGCGCAUUGCGACGAAUCGGCAGAGGCAGUUGGAAGCAGACCUCGGAGUAUUAGUGCGUCGACCCGGAUGACGGAUGGCGGAAGACGGAAGACGGAGCAUACCGCCCAUCCCAACUCAAGCCUCGGGCACAGGGUCAGGGCAGAGCAGCCACAGUGCCGUUGGCGCCAGACUCUGGGGGGGAUGGUUGCAGUGAGGCGUUGCAGAUCAAUUUACUGCGUCCGAGGAGCCGACGACGGUGCGCAAUUAUGGUGGCCGCCACCUCCUUGGCCUGGCAGGACUAGUCGCGAAACGACCACAGUUUCAUCUGGAUCUGAAAUGGAUCUAGAUCCCCUGCUGGGCUCUGCCGCUCGUGUUGGACCCCCAACCGUAGCAAACCGGUAUUAUUGA